GCGUCUUCAGUGGUAAUGUCCUUUCAAAAAGCCGAAAAGGCGGCCGCGCAAAAGGUUCAACCGCCUCCUCGUGAAGUCCUCAAAGAACUCGAUGAUGCUGUCGUCCAUUUUUUAAGAAACCGUGUGGAAUGGACCCGACAAAUCUCGCAUAUCGAAGCCAAAUUGCAAGGAAAGCAACAGGAAAUGGAAACACUGGACUGUUACAUGAAAACACAGCCGAGGUUUGGCAGAAAGCGGAAACGAGAAGAGGACCACGCCGCGUUGGAUUCAGCGGAUGCUGCUGCUCUUGCCGCUGUGGAUGCCACUGCUGCUGCUGCGAAUUUUGCUGAAAAGGAGGAGCCAAACAUCACAGUGAUCGAAUGAAUAUCAUACAUAGCCACGAGCUGGGCAGUCACCUGACAAUCACCAACUGCAAACUAUCGAUCGAG